AUGCUCUCGUCCAACAGCAUGGAUCGUAAGAUUGCGCCGUCUAAAUCUCAAAACUUUCAUCCUCCACAAAACCUCACACAACCCUCACAGCUCUUUACCUCAGCUGAACCCGUUCAUGAUGUAGUCAGUUCAUCUUCAACAGCAAUCAUGGAAUGCCUCGAUACAACCGCGGAAUUUACAACUGAUAUCAAGUCAAAUACGGUGAUUCCUAUGCCAUUCACUGAGGGUCAGCGCGUCAAGGAGCUCUUUCAACUUCUUCCGCCUCUCCAUAUUCCGGAGAAGAAUCCUACAAAGUCAUUUACACUCUUUCUUAAGCUACCGCCCGAACUGAGAACAUUUAUAUGGAAGAUUUGUGCUUCUCAACCACGAAAUUUCUUCCUCCUCAGUUGGCGGGACGAAGGCCACGCCACUGCAAGAGUCCAGAACAGAGAUGAUCAACCGGUCAUAUUGCAAGUAUGUCGCGAAUCAAGAGCUGAGGGCUUCCGGCUCUACCAUAAAUGUCAAGAGCACGAAGCUAUUCCACCAGAUCCUCCAGAAACGAAAAAGAUGGAGUCCCGUAUCAUGGUCCGACAGACGCUAUAUGUUAACUUCAAAGUGGACACUUUUCAUAUAAUACCAACAUACCAUUACCCGUUCGGUGUGAAGCAUUUCAAACUUCCACCGGGUGGAGAGACAUUGAUUGACCAUGUUGAGAUGAAGUUCAUCAAAAAACUUUUCAUGUCGCCACCCGACACUUGGAACAUUGAGCCGAUCAAAUAUAUCCAAGGAUUGAAGAGCCUUAAAUCGGUCACGGCAACGCUCAUCCACUCAGUCCUUCCGGGGACGGCUUCAUUUAUGGACAAAAAUGUUGAAGCCUGGGAGUGGGAGAAGGAAAUUUUUGAGGAAGUUCACAAAAAGGAACUGAGCAAGUUUCCAAGGGGUUUGAUAAGAUAUGAACGAGUUGAGGGUAUUUCACGGAGGAGGAUCCAGGUUCUCGGGGAUGAGAUCGCUGAAUGGGAACUGUCGAAGAAGGGUAUCAGUGAGGUUAAAGUACUUGGCACGAUUUGA